CCCAUGGCCCCUCAGACCCCUGGAAUGUCUGCUCCCUGGGCUCUUCUCUGGGGGUGUCCCAUACCCCCCAAGAGGGGCUGGUCCCCACAGCUCUUUUGUGGGGGUGUCCAGUGCAGUGAGUCAGGUUCUUCCCAGUUCUUCUCAGUCUUGGACUUGCCCUUGUGCAGCCACUGCCUCUUGGAGGAAGGAGAUAGGGCCGGCAGGUGUAAGAGGGCUGUGCCCAUGUCUCAGCUUUGCCUGUCCCCGGGGAGCAUGUUUUUCCCGCCUGCGUCUGCACCAUCCCCCAGCUCUGAGCCCCCAUGGGGACAGACGGGGCUGGUGCCGGGGGCCGUGUCCUCUCAUUGGAGAUCCUAAGUGGGGUGCGAGGGAGGUGACCUCCCGAAUGCGGCUCCUUGGCAUCUCCCGAGCCCACCGCGUCCUCCCACGGGACGUCCUUGGGGGGUGCGGGUGGCGGGGACAGCCGCAGCUGGGACUGGCUGUCGGUGUCCCCAGCACGCAUCGCCGCUUUUCGGUGCGACGCGGCUCCUUCGGCUGCGGUGGGGAGCUCGGGGGGUGCGCGUGCCACACCCGUGGCUGCGCUGUCACGCACCGGGUCGCACCCGGUGCCACCGCGCACCGUCCGCACGCGCACACCGGCGCCAGCUACGCCGUGCCCGCGCCUCCCGCGGGCUGCCCUCGGGGCCGCGCUUCCCCCCCUCCACCCGCUGCCCGGACCCUUCCUCGGCGCUCGGCUACCCGCGCCUGGCCGGGCGGGGGCGGGGCCUGCAUGCUGAUGAGCGCGCGGCCCCAUUGUGCGCGGCGGCGGCCCGGCCCCGCCCCUGGGCCCCGCCCCCCGCGGAGCUGCGGCCGCGCGCGGCUGAAGAUCCCGCGCAGCCUCCGCGCAGCCGCGCGCGCCCCGCGCCGCCAGGGCCAUCUUGGGCCGCCGCCGCGUGAUGGUUCAUUUGCAUACGAGACUGUUCCUUGGCAACCAAGCACCAAUCAGCCGCCGGGAUCCCUCUCCGUGGUAACCACUGUCUGGGGUGUCAGCAACCCCUCCCAGAGCCAGGUUUUUGGCAGCCCCAUGGGCCCUGGGGGAAACAGCUCCAGCACCCCACUGCUGCCUGGCAUGGCAGGCACCAGCUCGGGCAUGAGCUCACCGCCGUUCCUGCCACAGCAGCCCUUCACUGAGGGGGCGCCAGGGAAGGGCUAUGUGCAGCCAAGCGUCUAUGGGCGCAACACCUACCCCAGCGGGCCAGGCUUCACUGCCAGCUACAAUGGUGGCCCGAGUGGCCCCGGAGGGAUGGGGCUCCCAUCGCACGCCAGCCGGGCCACUGCUGAUUUCACCCAGGCAGCAGCAGCUGCUGCUGUGGCUGCUGCUGCUGCCACAGCCACGGCCACAGCCACGGCGACGGUGGCUGCACUGCAGGAGAAACAGAGCCAGGAGCUGAGCCAGUACGGUGCGAUGGGCACAGGGCAGUCUUUCAGCAGCCAGUUCCUGCCCCAUGCUGGACCCCGUGGCCCCAACAGCAUGAGCCCAGCUGGCAUGGCAGGUGUUGUGGCCCCCUCUGGUGUCUCCCCUGUGAGCAUGAGCCCAGUGCGGGCGCCCGGGACUGGCCCCCUCUAUGGUGGGCAGCGAGUGCCUCAGCACACCUACCCUGGACCUCCCCAGAGCCAGCAGCUGCCCCGCCAGGGCCUCAAGCGGGCAUACUCCAAUGAGGGGUACCCGACACAGCAGUACCUCCAGGGCGGGCAGUACGCCACAGCUGGUGCCCAGUAUGCCCCCAGCGCCCCCCAGUCCUCCGCGCCGUCCCCCUCAUACCCUGGCCACAGGCUGCAGCAGAGCGUGGGCCAGUACCUCUCCGCUUCAGGCAGUGCUGCAUCCUAUUACAAGCCAGCUGACCAGUUCAAUGGGCAGAGCACCAGCUUCAGCACCUACAGCCAAGCAGCCAUCAAUGGGCCGGGCCGGUCACUGCCGGGGUACCCCAGCUCGCCGCUGGCCGGGAACCCCACGCCGCCCAUGACACCAGGCAGUGGCAUCCCCGCCUACGCGUCCCCUGGUCAGGAUGUCAAGUCGCCCUUCCUGGCGGACAUGAAGCCCAGCGUUGCCCCCCUGCACCCGUCCCCUUCAGGGCCGGCCCCCGGCGAGGAGUUGCGACUGACCUUCCCGGUGCGGGACGGCGUGGUGUUGGAGCCCUUCCGCCUGCAGCACAACCUGGCUGUCAGCAACCACGUCUUCCAGCUCCGUGACUCUGUCUACAAGACCCUCAUGAUGAGGCCUGACCUGGAGCUGCAGUUCAAGUGCUACCACCACGAAGACCGGCAGAUGAACACCAACUGGCCGGCCUCCGUGCAGGUGAGCGUCAACGCCACGCCGCUCACCAUUGAGCGUGGUGACAACAAGACCUCCCACAAGCCACUCUACCUGAAGCACGUCUGCCAGCCCGGCAGAAACACUAUCCAGAUCACUGUCACCGCCUGCUGCUGUUCCCACCUGUUCGUCCUGCAGCUGGUGCAUCGGCCCUCGGUGCGCUCGGUGCUGCAGGGGCUCAUCAAGAAGCGCCUGCUGCCCGCUGAGCACUGCAUCACCAAAAUCAAGCGCAACUUCAGCAGUGGGACCAUCCCGGGGACACCGGGGCCCAAUGGUGAGGACGGUGUGGAGCAGACGGCCAUCAAGGUGUCCCUCAAGUGCCCUAUCACCUUCCGGAGGAUCCAGCUUCCAGCCAGGGGUCACGACUGCCGGCACAUACAGUGCUUUGACCUGGAGUCAUACCUGCAGCUCAACUGCGAGAGGGGGACAUGGCGGUGUCCUGUCUGCAAUAAGACGGCCCUGCUGGAGGGGCUGGAGGUUGACCAGUACAUGCUGGGCAUCCUGAUCUACAUCCAGAAUUCAGAGCAUGAGGAGAUCACCAUCGACCCAACCUGCAGCUGGAAACCCGUCCCUAUCAAACCUGAUGUCCACAUCAAGGAGGAGCCGGAGGGGCCGGCGCUGAAGCGGUGCCGGACACUCAGUCCUGCGCACAUGGUGCUGCCCAACAUCAUGGAGAUGAUUGCAGCCCUGGGGCCUGGCUCUGUGCCCUUCCCAACAUUGUCACAACCUCCAGCGGGGGCUGCCACCGACUACAGCACCCCGGGUUCCAGCUUUCUGGGUCCUGGGGGCUUCCCAGAGCCUUUUGCUGCCCCGGGUGUCCCUGGCCCCUCAACGCUGAGCGACUUCACACCAGGCCCCUCCUCCAUCUCCUACCAGCCCAACAUCCCAGGCAGCCUUCUGGCCCCUGAGAAGCCUCCUGUGCCCCCUCUGCCUGCACAGCUUCCCCCACCGGGACGAAUGGAGCCGUCCCACCCCGCAGUGCAGACGGGGCUGCACAGCACUCCCUCGGGCAGCCAGCCCAGCUCCACGCUGCACUCCCGGAGCGCAGCGGCGCGGCAGCCCCUGGGACCCCCGGCCCACACUGCCGACCUCGUCUUCCCCCCCGCACCCAGCAUGGCCGCGGCGGGCGAUGGCUCGGAGGCUGCCCUCGACCUCCUGCCCGAGCUGACGAAUCCUGACGAGCUGCUCUCCUACCUGGGGCCCCCCGACCUCCCCAGCAGCAGCAACGAUGACCUCCUCUCUCUCUUCGAGAAUAACUGAGCCAUCCUCGCCCCCCUCCCGGGGCUGGGGGGCAGCACUGUGUGCCCCUGCCCGCUGCAGAGCUGGGACCCCCCACAGGGGGGGUUUCUCAAAGGGCUGCGAUGGGACAGAGGGGCUGAGCCCCCCCAGAAGCACAAGGCUGUACAUAGUGUAGAAACACUACUGCUCCCCGAGAGUCCCCAUAUUUAAAGGCAAGUGUGUCACUGCGGGGCUGCCCGUGCCCCCCAUCAAUGUGCAAAUGCUGCUGCCCCUUAUACCGCACGGGUCUGGUGUGGGGUGCGGAGCUCAGCUCCCACUGCCCCCGCGCCCAGCUGCCCUGUAUGUCCCCGAUGG